GUAAAGCAGUCCUCAGAGGAGACGCUUUUUUAUGUAGGCAGUGAGGCCAGUGGUUUUGUGUUAACAACAACAACAACAAAAGCGUCCUGUGACUCUGGAUGUGCUGAAAGUGCGGGCGCGAAUGGAAUGUCCCGCGAGCGGGGGAGGUGGCGCAGAGAGGAGGCAGCUGCAGCUGAUCCCCAGGCUGCCAGGCCAGGUGUGCCCACGAGGGACUGCCGGGGAGCAGCGGGGCGAGCUGCAGAAGGGCACUGGUUUGAUCCUAUGAUGGAGGAAGAAAUGGACUGACCCAGGAAACUGAAGCUGGUUGUAUCCAUGAGUCAGGAAUAAGGACAACUGUCCGUUGUAACCAACACCUAUUUGAUUAUAGUGUGACUAGUUUUGCAUUCAGUGAACUAGGGACUGGACUUGUGAAUGGACCCUUGUCCACAUGAACGAGAGCCAGAAUAGCUUUCUAACCAAUAUAUGGCGACCGUUUUCAGUUAAAGCCAUUGAGCCUGGUACUUACCAUCAGUGCUUAACGUUCAAGGCAUUCUUGAUUCUUAUUUUUAUAAAUCAAGUUCUGGGAAGUUUGAGAAAAGAACCUGAAUUAAAUAAUGUUACAGUGCAAAGAAAACCAUGUAGAUGGUACCCUGUGGUGGGUUCUCUUUAUUGUGGUAUAAAUGGAACAGCAGGCGUUCACAGGUACUAAGUGGGUUGUGUGCCAAUAUCACCAAAGCUUCAGUUCCAACCACAUUCGUUCGUUGGCUUUUAGUUACUUUUUUUCCUAUUAAAGAUUUGUUACAAGAAAUGGGACUCUGAAUUCACCAAAGACUAGUGCUGUACUCAGAAACCAUCUUGCCAUGUUAGAAGACACGUUUUGGGAAGAAGACAUCUGGGACUAUAAAUCUAAAAGAAAACCCAAGCCACCACAUCCGAAUAAUUGUUCUGAAAAUGUUUCAGGAUCUGUUGAAAAAGCAACAGAUGGGAAAUACCAGUCAAAAGGAAAAGGAAAUGAAAAAAGAACUUUGGAAAACCCAGGCGAAACGGAGGACCGUAGAGUGUGCCUUGCAGAAACAGACAGUCAGAUCUCUGCAGGUUCCAGUCAGGAUUCAAGCUUCAGAGAUGAGAGUCAGCAGUCUCAAAGCAAGGAGACAACACCAAAAAAGCAAUGUAGACGUCACAGAGGGAAGCAGGUGACCCCAAAGGUGCGCCCAGUCUAUGACGGAUACUGCCCAAGCUGCCAGAUGCCCUUCUCCUCAUUGCUAGGUCAGACGCCCCGGUGGCAUGUUUUUGAGUGUUUGGAUUCUCCACCCAUCUCUGACACAGAAUGUCCCGAGGGUUUGCUGUGUACCUCCACAAUUCCUUCUCAUUAUAAGAAAUACACUCACAUCCUGCUUGCUCAAAGUCGAGAUUGCAAAGAGCCUCUCAGCAGUGCCCCGAAUGCCUUGGCUGCGGCGGUGCCAGAUUCUCCUUAUAACCUUGCGGGAAGACGGUCUGUGCUUCUGAAAACUGGGAACUUAAGAAAAGUGUUAGAUGAUUCUUUGUUGAUGAUGCAGUGUCUAAAAACAUCUCAGCCUCCAGCUGAAACCCACAGGAAGAGUGCCUCUUCUCCGCGUUCUCAAAUGUCACUAGCUCCACAGCAUGCAGAGUUUGUUAAGAGAGACCAGCUGGUAGGAGGUGGAUCGCCUCUUGCUGAGGUUGCACUGAGCAGCCAAAGCAAGUCCUGGAGUAUGGCUUCACCACUGCCAGAAAAUGACGGUGGUGGCUGUGAGAUCUCUUAUUCUCCGCUGCACAGUGACGAGGAGACUUACGACAUCGACCAAGAGCUGGACGAUUCACAGCAGGAACUAUUUUAUACCCAAAGCUCUAAAGACAGCAGCCUAGAAGAAGAUGGCUCUGCCAUCUUUGAAAACCUUCACGGUCCCUCCCCAAAGGAAGCAGAGGGGAUCCAGCCCACAGUGAAGAGCCUGGUCACCCAGGCCGGGUGUGGUGAAAGCAGUACACUAAGUGACUCUUCCCAGCUUAUCUCCCACACCUUGAGCACACUUUCCCGAGAGGACCCGCCACACACAGAUGCGGCCUUUCUCUUGCUUUCACCUGCGUUGGCAGGGGGAGGUGCUGCUUCUAAUUAUCAGACCACUAAGGCCAAGCCAGAUAAGCCAGAGAAAUUCCACUCACCUGCAUCAAGUCAUCAGCAACAGAAAACAUCAGCUGUUGGCAAUCAGACUUCUCUGCCUUUACUUACAAGUGCCACAUCAAAGCCACGUGAAAAGGAGGGAGCCGAGCAUCUGCCUCUGCAUCCAACCCAAUGUCAGACUAGAGGGGCGCAGAGUAAGGGCCUUGGUGCUCCAGGUGCUACCUGUGCCUGCAGGAACGCACAGAAGCGCUCUAGCACGCCUCUUGACAAGCCCUUGGGCACGUCGCCUUCCAGUCCCAAGUGCAGCCCAAGCCAACCAUCUAAGAAAGUAAUGAAGCAAAUGGAUAUAGGGGUGUUUUUUGGACUACCACCCAAAAGACAAGAGAUGUCACCAAGGGAGAGCGCAUCAGAAGGGCCAAAUGCCAGUCCAGUUGUGAGUCCCAAUGAAAAGAGGCCCCGGUUAUGCAAGAGGAAAGCACGGAGCUCUCUGAGUGACUUAGAAUUUGAUGCAAAGAAUUUAAGUGAGAGUCAGAACUCUGUGGAACUUUCUGGAGAGAGGAUGCAACAUCGAAGAAAGAGAUUUAAAAAGUCAAAUUCACCACGGGAAGGAACAUACCAGAGAAGGUCAGGCCACUUCACUGACAAUCCAGAGUUGGGAACAGUCAGCUUGAGCAAAGACAAAGCCUUUGUAAGACAGAAUCACGGCCGGACGAAGAGAGGGAGCGUGAACGUUUCAGAGUCCUCAAGUGCAGGGGAAUCGAGAAGGGCGUGUCCGUUCUAUAAGAGAAUCCCUGGGACUGGCUUCACCGUGGAUGCUUUUCAGUACGGCGAGGUCGAAGGCUGCACUGCCUACUUUCUCACACAUUUCCAUUCUGAUCAUUAUGCUGGCUUGUCCAAGGACUUCACGUGGCCGGUCUAUUGCAGUGAGAUAACUGGCAACUUGUUGAAGAAGAAGCUUCGUGUGCAAGAACAAUACAUCCAUCAGCUGCCGAUGGACACUGAGUGCGUAGUAGAUGGUGUCAAGGUUGUUUUGCUGGAUGCCAAUCACUGUCCAGGUGCUACCAUGAUCCUUUUCCAGCUUCCCAGUGGUGCUGUCAUACUUCACACUGGAGACUUCCGGGCAGACCCCAGCAUGGAACGCUCUCUCCUUGCAGGCCGCAGAGUCCAUACACUGUUCCUCGAUACCACGUACUGCAGCCCAGAAUAUACCUUCCCAUCUCAGCAGGAGGUUAUCCAGUUUGCCAUCAACACUGCCUUUGAGGCUGUAACUCUAAACCCACGUGCUCUUGUUGUCUGUGGCACGUACUGUAUCGGAAAGGAGAAAGUCUUCCUAGCCAUUGCUGAUGUCUUAGGUUCAAAGGUGGGCAUGUCCCAAGAAAAGUAUAAAACUUUGCAGUGCCUCAAUAUACCAGAAGUCACGUCCCUCAUAACCACAGACAUGUGCAACUCUUUGGUUCACCUCCUCCCAAUGAUGCAAAUUAAUUUUAAGGGUUUGCAGAGCCAUUUGAAGAAGUGUGGUGGGAGAUACGAUCAGAUUUUGGCGUUCCGACCGACAGGAUGGACACACUCUAACAACAUAUCUAGCAUAGCGGAUAUUACUCCCCAGAUAAAAGGGAAUAUAUCAAUAUAUGGAAUUCCCUAUAGUGAACACAGCAGCUACUUAGAAAUGAAACGUUUUGUCCAGUGGCUGAAGCCACAGAAAAUCAUACCCACUGUCAACGUCGGCAGCUUUCAGUCUAGGAACACGAUGGAGAAAUACUUCAAGGAGUGGCGAUCAGAAGCAGGAUACUGAUGCUGUCACAGACGUCAGCUGGGUUCCGUGUGGCAGCAGUCUCAGGACUGCAUUCCUCACUUGCUUUGAACAAUGAUAUUCCCAAGGUGCUGGGUGCUUCUCAGAAUUCCCAGUGACAGCUGGGAGCAGCUCUUCCCAGUCCCUUUCAUUCUUAACCCCGUCCCCAUGGAGGCCACAGUCAUCUGCAGCAAACAUGGAUCCCAGACACAGAGCAUUAUCUAUGUAAUUAUGAAAUAAAACUUUUAUAUGAUAUGUAUUCUUAAAUAAAACUUAAUAUAGAACUCA